UCAGCUAGAAAAUUGGAAAUAUUUUGUGUAUUAGAGAGAAACUUCUUUUAAAUUGAGAAAAUCUGGUCAAAGUUCAAGUCUACCUAUCAAGUUAAUUGGUGGCGUUGGUGGUUCAUUCGACCUCCCUAGCAUAGAUAAAAUCCCUGACAUUGCCACAUAAUUAAUAUCAUGACCAGCUCGUUUUGCAAGUGGCCCUGUCUGACCAAAACCAGUUAGUCGUGCAUAAAUCAAUCGUGGAUUUUCAUCUAGCAGAAUUUCAGGUCCCAAAUUCAAUUUUUCCAUGACUCCAGGUCGAUACGGUUCAAUCAACACAUCUGAUGUUUUGCUCAACGCACGCACAAGCUCCUGUCCUUUUGCACUUUUAAUGUUAAUUGCAAUAGUUCGUUUGCCCUUGCCCAAACAAUCCAACGGAUUGUCAAUGAUUCGAUCAACUCUUGUGACAGUUGCACCGAAAUCGCACAGUAUCAUUCCUCGUAAGAAAAAAAUGUAAACAAAAUGUUAUUUUCCAUGUUUCCAUUGAUUUUUUCGAAAUUUUUCAUUACCACAAUGGGGACCAGGUGCCAAACCAGCCAAUUCCAAGACUUUGAUACCUUUCAAUGCCAUUUUGUGCGAAAUUAAACGAAUCUAAUCCAAAAUCAUUAUUAUUUUGCCACAGUUUAUUUUUCACCGUGAUAAGCGAAUAUGUAAAUAGACAUGUAAAUAGAAUUGACCUGUCAAAAUUCAAGUAAUUCCAAACGUCAUUGUCAUAUUAAUGACGUUUUGUUUAUCAUCUGUAUUCCACCUUGAAAAUGUACUCACCGAACAAAGAAAGUGUUCUUGAAAUCUAAUUGAAAAUUAUGUCGAGACCGCCAAUGAUGCAACCAGAUUCGGAUAGCGAGGAUGAAGUUCUACCGCCUGGAUUCGAAGAACGAACCGAUGAAGACGGGAAUGUGUUCUAUUUGAAUCAUCAAGAGAAAAAGACUCAAUGGACACACCCAAGGACAGGAAAAUCGAAGAAAGUCCAAGGAGAGCUGCCAUUUGGUUGGGAAAAAGAAAUUGAAGAAAGUACCGGCAAAAUAAUUUACAUCGACCGAAAGAAUGACAAGCGCACGUACAUUGAUCCACGUUUAGCGUUUGCCGUUGAAAACACUCCACGAAAUAUCAGCGAGAUUCGUCAAAGAUUCGAUGCAAACUCAACCGCUUUCCAGGUGCUACAUGGCCAAGACUUGAGUGGAAAAGUGGCUGUGAUCACCGGAGCGAAUACCGGCAUUGGAUUUGAAACGGCUCGGUCAUUGGCUUUCUUUGGAUGUCGAGUGCUGCUAGCAUGUCGUUCACAAAGCAAAACCGAAGAAGCGAUUGAAAAAAUUCGCAAAGAACGUGAUUCGGCUGGUGAACGUUGCUCAUUCAUUCCAUUGGAUUUAUGUUCAAUGCGAUCAGUGAAACAAGCAGCCGAACUUAUCAAAAAGCAAGUGACACAUAUCGAUAUGCUCAUUUUGAAUGCCGCUGUAUUUGCGUUACCUUACACACAAACAGAAGACCAACUCGAAACUACGUUUCAAGUGUGCCAUUUGGCACAUUUUUACCUCUGCAAAUUGCUCGACGAGUGCCUGGACCGUCGGUCCAGAGUUGUUGUUGUUUCAUCAGAAUCACAUCGAUUCAGCUGGCUUCCGCCAUCCGAUUUGGGCGAGCAAGUAUUGUCGCCACCGGCGAAGCAGUACUACAGCAUGAUGGCUUACAACAAUGUCAAACUGUGUAAUGUAUUGUUUGCACGCGGCUUGGCUAAGGAACUAAGCUACAAAGGAGUCUGUGUGAAUGCUUUACAUCCCGGUAACAUGGUUUCAACGUCAUUAUCACGAAAUUGGUGGUUCUAUCGGAUAUUAUUCGCUUUCGUGCGUCCAUUCACAAAGUCAUUGCAACAAGCUGCGAGUACGACUAUUUAUGUUGCUACCGCAAAUGAGUUGACUGGAGUCAGUGGGCAGUAUUUUAACAAUUGUUUCUUCUGUGAACCAAGCAAAUUGGCUCAGAACAAUGAAAUGGUUGACAGUCUAUGGCAAGUUAGCGAACAAAUUCUCGAUCAUAUUUUGCAAGAAAAGGAUUUGAAAUAAGUCAUUCCCUGCACCAACAUGAAAAACGAUUUUUUCUAUUAUUUUCUAAACAAUUUGCAAUUUUUCUAACAUUAAAUAUAAUUCUAUGGACUUUAAAGGUA